AUGGAGACUCGAGUUCAGUUCGGCGCGAUGAACGCUGGUAGACUGCCUGAUGCGGUUGUUGCUUGUGUUGGUGGUGGGUUGAAUGCUGUUGGUAUUUUCUAUCCCUUCCUGGGUGAUGCAUCUGUUGCUCUUGUUGGCGUUGAGGCGGGUGGUGAUACAUCUAUGACGGGGCAGCACUCUGCUUCGCUGAAUGCAGGGUCUGUUGGUAUGUCGCCUGAGCAUUUUGUCUCUGCUAGGCUUGAUUAUCCUGGUGUCGGUCCUGAGUUGUCGAGUUGGAAGGAAUCUGGUCGGGUUACUUUUGUUGCGGCAAAUGAUUUGGAUGCCCUGAUGGCUUUUUCGUUGCUCUGUCAGCUUGAGGGAACAAUGCCUGCACUUGAGAGUUCCAAUGCUGUUGCUGGGGCUACGCGCUUUGCGAAGGAGUUGGGGCCUGGGCGGGAUGUUGUUGUUGUGUGUCUCAGUGGACGUGGGGAUAAGGAUGUGCAAACUGUUGCUAAUAUUAUGUCUACUCUUGGACUCCACGAUGAGGUCUAA